AGUAACAACUCAUCUUCAUCUACAACCACCACUAUGACCACUGCUGCGAUAUCUCAAAAACCAUCUGCCCGGCCCCGUGCGCCAUCUUCUCGGCAUUUCUCCACUUCAGUCUCCACGAAUUCCUCCGGCGACGAGAAACCUUCAACGAAGGAGAAGCAUGCCAUGAACGCUGGCAGUAAUGGGUCGAAUCCUGAAAGCCUACACCCUCUGCGUAAUACCUGGGUCUUCUGGUUCAGGCAGCAGCGUUCGCCUGGCAAUAAAAUAAUCAAUUAUGAAGAAGGGAUAAAGAAGAUAGCUGCCUUUGCUUCUAUCGAAUCGUUUUGGAUGAUAUGGACACAUCUCAAUCCACCCUCAACAGUUCAACCUACGACGGACUAUUUGCUCUUCCACUCAGGUGUACGGCGUCCAGUGUGGGAGGAUCCACUAAACUCACAAGGCGGGAAAUGGAUUAUCCGCCUGAAGAAGGGAGUUGCGGACCGCUUGUGGGAGGAGUUGGUGCUGGCAGUCAUCGGUGACCAGUUUGAUGACUGCGGGCUUAGCACUGUUGGUGGAUUCGGGGGCACAGCUUCUGGUGCAGCUGAUGUGUCAAGCUGGAGGAGUGUGCCAAGCACGGAGAACAGUGGUUCAGGGAAUGGAAACGGCACAUCAUCGAAUAGCAACGACCCUGAAAUCUGUGGUUGUACGCUGAGUGUGCGACAACAUGAGGACAUCUUAACUGUGUGGAAUAAGCACGGAUAUGACACAAGAGUAAACCAACGAAUCAAGGAUGCCGUAAAGCGAGUGCUAGAGCUUCCUGCGAAUACAGUAAUAGAAUAUAAAACAAAUAAUGAUUCCUUGCAGGACAAAUCCAGCUUUCGACAACCCAAUACCGACAAGACCGCUAUUCCAUGAUAUAUCUAAUCUAUUCUAUCCCAAUGUGUCUCUAACAGACGCAUGUAUUUUUAUGACUGGCCACACUCAUAAUGCACCUUGACAACCAC